CAUUACUCAUAAGAACACACCCUUUUCUCAUGCAUGCAAUUCGCAUAUAUCAACCAGAAACACCCAUCUCCAUUCCCAAAUUCUAUAACCACACACACACACUCUCUCUCUCUCUCUCUCUCUCUCUCUGAUCACACCAACCAACAAUGUCAAGCCAGCAACUAAUCGCGACCCACAGAGACGGCGCCGAGAUCCAUCACGGCGAAGACGUAUGCAAGCAAAAGUCCCACCAGCUUCUCGAGAAGAUGCAUCUGCCGUGCGGCCUCCUCCCUCUAGACGACGUCGUCGAGUUCGGCUACAACGCCACCUCGGGGUUCGUGUGGCUGAAGCAAAAGAAGCGAAAGGAGCACCGGUUCCAUGCCGUGGGACGCACGGUGUCAUACGACACUGAGGUCAUGGGGUUUGUGGAGGAGCAUCGGAUGAGGCGUCUCAGCGGGGUCAAGAGUAAGGAGAUUUUGAUCUGGGUGUCCAUUUCGGAUAUCUAUGUGGAUCCGAGUACAGAUCCCGAUAAGAUCACGUUUGCCAACGGCACGGGAAUCUCGAGGUCGUUCCCCAUCACGGCGUUUCAACUUGAAGAAGGUGGAGAUGGAAAUGGUAAUAAUGGCAAAAAGUAAAGGCUUGUGAUUUUGGAACUGGUAAUAUUAGAUUCAAAUUAGCUUCAAGGGUCAAAUGGGUUGUCAAUUUCUUUUUUUGUUUGAAGAUUGAGUUGUUAUACUAUGUUAAACCAUACCAGUGUUGAAUGAUUAUGGAUAUUGAGUAUUUGGUUGUCUUGGUUUUU